AUGCAACAUUACGCCACAAUUGUGACAUUGCAGCAAAUAGUUGCAACUAGGCAUGGAAUAUCAAUUGAAAUAUCAGUUGGAAUAUCAGUUGAAGUAUCGGUUGGAAUAUCAGUUGAAGUAUCAGUUAGA